CUCGGUUCAAACGGUUUGUGCUCUGGGGGCUUGAACUGCGAAGUUGUCUUCCGCUGCAGAGAUGUUGGUGUGAAGCUGAACAGCUGUGUGACCUUUGACCUCCGCGCAGAGCGACACAAAAACUUCAUUUACAGCCGAGAACAGUGCCGCCCGGGCGGGACGGGGCGGCCGAGGAGGAGAGAAAGCGGCGCGUUGGUGCAGGUGCUGGUGCUGGCAGACAUGGAGUGUGUGUGGCUGCUGUGUGUGCUGAGCGUGUGUGUCAGGGCUCAGGGCGGACUGGAGAGCAGUGACUACACCCACCUGGACCACCAUCAUCUGGUUUCCAACGGCAACGCAGCCUCAGAUCUGUGUGUGAUAGACCAGCAACUCUGCCAUGAUGAGAACUCGCUGCUAAGCUUUGAAGCCAUAUGCAGCAUCCACAAGCUGAUGGACGACGAUGCUGACGGCACCGUGGACACCACUGAGACGGACGAGUUUCUUAGGGAGGAUCUGAAGUACAAUGACCGCAAAGCCAAGCACAGCAGCUUCCACCGGGCUGACUUGUACAUCAGCGUGGAGGACAUGUGGAACGCCUGGAAGAGCUCCGAAGUGUACAACUGGACAGUGCAGCAGGUGGAGGAGUGGCUGCUGCUCAGUGUGGAGCUCCCUCAGUAUGUGGACACCUUCAGGAGGCAGAAGCUGGACGGCAGAGCCCUGCCCAGGCUGGCGGUGAAGAACUACACCCUGAUGGUGACGGUGCUGAAGAUCGUAGACAGAAGUCAUGGUCAGAAGCUGCAGCUCAAAGCUCUGGACAUCGUGCUGUUUGGGCCACCGCCAGGGCGGCAGAGCUGGUGGAAGGACCCGGUCCUGGCUGUGUCCAUCCUGAUGGCUUUGGGUGGCUGCUGGUUUGCCUACGUCCAGACCAGGAGGUCCAGAGAUGACCUAGGGAAGCUGAUGAAGGACCUGGAGGGUCUGCAGAAGGCCGAGCAGAGCUUGCUGGACCUGCAGGCGAAGUUGCAGCAGGCUCAGGAGGAGCAGCACUGCGUUCAAGUGGAGAAGGUGAAGGUGGAGGAGGAGCUGAGGAACGAGAUCAACUCGGCGAAACAGGAGGCUCAGCGGCUCCGAGAGCUGCGAGAGGGGGCGGAGAACGAGAGGAGCCGGCAGAAGUACGCCGAGGAGGAGCUGGAGCAGGUCCGUGUGGCGCUGAGGAAGGCGGAGAGGGAGCUGGAGUCACGGGGUCGCUGGGCGCCGCCGGAGGCUCUGCAGAAAUGGCUGCAGCUGACGCACGAGGUCGAAGUUCAGUACUACAACAUCAAGAAGCAGAGCGCAGAGAGGCAGCUGCUGCAGGCCAGGGAGGGGGCAGAGAAGAUCAAGAAGAAGAGGAGCUCUCUGUUUGGGACAUUUCACGUGGCUCACAGCUCCUCGCUGGACGCCGUCGACCACAAGAUCCUCUCUGCCAAACAGGCCCUGGCUGAGGUGACGGCGGCCCUGCGGGAGAAGCUGCACCGUUGGCAGCAGAUGGAGUCUCUGACAGGUUUCUGUUUGGUCAACAACCCGGGUCUGGGAGCGCUGGCUGCUGCCCUCAACCUGGACCCGUCCUUCCUGGGCCUGCGACCUCCGGCCCCGCAGCACCUCCUCCUGUCUGAUGAUCUUGACGACAUGGACGAGGACAUUCUGUCUCCUGGGGCGCUACAGUACGCAGCGUGGCAGAUGGACCGGCCCGUGAGCGACCUCUGGCCCCUGAGUGGCAUCGCAGACACCCAGUCACCGUGGAAACACUCUGCUCAGAGCCUGAUGCCCUUGCGACAGAGGAUGGGUGACCCUGCGCUGACGUUCAGCUCUCAGAGGGACAUCAUGAACCACUCAGACUCCGACUCUGCCCUGCCUCUGUCUCACAGCGAAUCGCGAGGCCUGUACGGCACCAAGCCCUUCCUCCUUUCAUCCAGGCUCCACCCUGUGCAGGGUUCUGGGCUUGCUGCAGCCGGAGGAGGAGGCCUUGAGAAGAGCUCCAGCCUCGGGGAGCUGAGGGGUAGCCCUGCCUCCACUCUCGCCUCCGCCUCCUCGACCCGCUCCCUCUGCAUCACGUCCAACAUUCCCGACAGCACGGCUAUCUUUUCGUCCUCAGCCUUAUCCAACUCGCUGGGCAGUAGUCGGGGGUCAGGCCUCCAGAUCCUGGCCAGGAGGAGCCCGGUGGAGGAUGACGGAGGUGAGGAAAGCGAGUCAUCUGGCAGCCGGAGAAGAAACGCUUUUAACAAGAUCUUCAAGAAGAAGCAGGGACGUCACUGAGGCUAAAGUGUCUGAUUCAGGUCUGUACAUUGAGCCAGGCACAAUGUACAGACCUGAACAAACUAAACUGUCACUCAGAGGAAACAUCGGUGCCUCAUACGUUACUCAUUCACUUUAAUAAACUUUUUUGGCAAAUAGUUUGAUCUUCUUUCCACCAUUAAACAGCAAGAUCAGAUUUGGACUCAUUGUGGUAUGACAGGGCAGAUCCCCAACACAGAGAGGACAAGGACAUGGACAUGGACAAGUCCUACACCGACACAAACCAAACGAAGAAGAAUAAGAGGUAGACUGAAGAAAGUAAAAGCAGGCUGGGGAGUUUUUCUUCUUCUUUCUUUUCAGAGAGAAACCUCAAAGCUAAAGAUGAUGAUCCAGCUGGGUGUAGGAAGAAUAGCCAAGAAACACAUGCUGAACUGAGUCUUGUUUCUGUCAGGGAAGAAUCCUUCAAAACCAGAUUUAGAACAUCACAGAGGGUGAAAACCACACAGGAUUCAGCAGUGUAGAAGCUUCAGACGAUCACAGGUUGUCUGAGAACGCCAAAUAAAGUUGCAGGUUAGCUAACCAAACAAAAAGAAUUUCCAGCCUUGUACAAUGGUACCAGAGGUUGGUCCAAUGACUGAGCCACCUCUGAGUCAUUUAACUCAGGUUUACAAGCUCUGCUUGGUCAGAUACAAGUGAACAUCACAUUGACUUAUUGUGUCUUACUGAAACAUGGUUACAGCAGGAAGAAUAUGUCAGCCUAA